GGAACUUAUCAGAGAUUUGAAAAUGAUGAUAGGGAAGUAGUUGUGCAAGAUGAUUUUGAUUUCAGUGAUAUAUUCAUUCAUCAGUGUAUUCACACCAUAGAAUACUGUCUUGGUUGUAUCUCAAACACUGCUUCAUAUCUACGGUUGUGGGCUUUAAGUCUUGCCCAUGCUGAAUUAUCGUUGGUGUUAUGGACAAUGGUUUUAAGCUUGGGAUUGAAAAUGGAUAGUUAUGCUGGAGCUUUUGCAAUUUUUGGUUUAUUCGCAUUCUGGGCUGUGCUGACUGUUGCUAUAUUACUAAUUAUGGAAGGAUUGUCAGCAUUUUUACAUGCCCUUCGUCUUCAUUGGGUGGAAUUUCAGAAUAAAUUCUACAGUGGUAAUGGUCACCUGUUUAUUCCUUUCUGUUUUAAAACAAUCCUAGAAGAACAAGAAGAUUAGAUUAGAAAGCGUCCUUCAUUAGAGAUGUUUGAUUUCUUAUUAUGUUCACAUUUUAGCAUAUUUUGACAUAUUGUUGCAUGUGUCAUAUGUUGAGGUGAUACCAUAUUGUUGUUUGGUAGGAUUCUGACAUAUAUGUUGACAUGAUACUGUUUGUAACAUUUGACCAAAUAUUGGACACAUGGAUGUAUGAUAAAAUUUAGACAUUUUAAAAUGUUUUAUGUUAUCAUAUGUUGACAUUUUGAAAUGUGUCCUUGAUCCAGUAAUACAUCAAAUGUUUUUUUACUAAUUAAAUUUUAAAAAAUGUCUAAUUUAAUUAGUUGAACUGCACAGGAUUCAAAUAUAAAGUAAUUUUGAAUAAUCCAAGAACAAAUAUGAGGGUAUUUGUCUAUGUGAUAGUAGCAAUUUUUUAGAUUUGUGUUGACAUAUGUCACUGAUAAUUUUGUAUUUUGUUUAAUUUGUUCUUAAGACACCCACAUAACUUCUCUUCUAUAACAUACACUCUCCUAUUAAUUUCCAAAUUCUAAUGACACCUCGUGUGGAGCAAGUUUAGACAGAAUCAUGUGUCAAGAAACACUUUAAAUUCUUGUCAUUCAUGACAAUACUGUCAUACUAGAAAGCUAUUAUUACUCUUUUUUUUAAAUAGCACAUGUCUCAACUAAGUCUAAGGACAUUGAAUUAACUAAGAAACAUCUAGUAAUCUAAGAAUGACAAUUCAUUCAGAAUCAACUUUGUUUAAAUAAUAAAUAAUAAAAAUAAUUAUACAUAAAAUUUAAACAAAACAAAAAUUGUUUGGAUUUUAAUUUGAGAAGCAUAAAAAUAUACUCUUCUUUGUAAAUUUAACCUUGUAGUUUUGGAAUACCAUAUAAACAUCAUUAUUAUUGCUACAAUACAUGGACAUACUUAGAAUGCAAAUUAUGGACUACUUGCUCAUAUCCCAAAUGAUUCUGAAAAUGCUGUUUUUCUAUUUUCAUUUUGUUUCAAUAUUUAAAUCUUACUUUUACUUUUCUGUCUUGCCUGUCAAAUUCAUUGAUCCAUUGUACCAGGACAAGUCAGCUAGCCUGAUGCCGAUUGAAUUUAAUUCUUCUCUAAUAGUCUCUUGUGAACAUGUAAACUACAUUUAAAAAAUGGGGUCGAAAAAUAAAUACAUAUCACAACUUUUGAUUUCAAAAGUAUUUCCUCAACUCAAUGUCAUCAGUUUGUAAUUAAUUGUAACAAUUCCCAUACCCAAAAAAUAAAUGGUAUUAAUCAAA